AUGUCGGCAGCCACGUCGUCAAUCCAGGACCGCACCCACGAGUUCCGCUCCAUCCUCGCCCUCGCCCAAAAACGCCUCGCCCACACAAAGACUCCCCAAUCCCGACAACAUCUGCUGCACAACAACGGCGCUGCUCCCUCGGCACAACCCACACGCAAGCAGCGCAGCGAGUUUGCGCGCAAGGCCGCCGAGAUAGGCAGGGGCAUUGCAGCCACCGUCGGCAAACUCGAGCGCUUGGGGCAACUAGCCCGCCGCAAGACUUUAUUCGACGACAAGCCUGUAGAAAUCGCCGAACUGACCUAUGUCAUCAAGCAAGAUCUUGCGGCGCUGAACCAGCAGAUCGGUGCGCUGUCGACGAUAAACAAAGUCGCGCAUCCCAAAGGCGGCGUCGACCAAGAAGGCCAACACAACGAAAACGUCGUAGUGAUGCUCCAAAGCAGACUAGCAAACGUAGGCGGAAACUUCAAAGAAGUGCUCGAAGUGCGGUCCAAGAACGUGCAAGCCAGCCGCUCGCGUCAAGACAACUUUGUCAACACCGUAGGCAGCAAUGCCGGACACCUCGCACCCCAAGGCCGCAGCGACAGCCCCCUCUACGCACCGCCAUCACGAGGCCGCUCACCCCAACCGCCAACAAACCAAGGACAAGACCUGCUCACCCUCGAACCUCCUUCCGCAUCCUCUUCAGCCCUCACCCGCGGCGCACAAUCAGAACAACAGAUGCUGCUCCUCGAAGAAGGAAACCAAAACAACGAAUACAUCAACCAGCGCGGAGAAGCCAUAGAAGGUAUCGAGCGCACCAUUGCCGAACUGGGCGGCAUCUUUGGCCAACUGGCGCAAAUGGUUAGCGAGCAGAGCGACAUGAUCCAACGCAUAGACGCGAAUACCGAAGACAUCGUCGACAAUGUGGAAGGUGCACAGCGCGAGCUCAUGAAGUAUUGGUCCAGGGUGCAAGGUAAUAGAUGGCUGGUUGCCAAGAUGUUUGGUGUUUUGAUGAUCUGUGAGUUCUUCCUCCAUAUCUAUCUCUCACAAGCUUUGCAGUUACUGAUAUGA